UAUGUAACCAUCAGCUUCGACUUAAGCGGUAGAUUACCAUCUGGGGGCGCCGCUAGCAGGCUGAGCACCACCUUUGUCCAUCACAAUAAUGCAGGUUUACCUAGUCUGUAUGGAGUACAAAGAGCCUAGUAUCAGCCUGGUCGGUUCGGUUAUAACCUGUAUGUAUGUACCUUGGACUGAAGGGGCAAAGCGUACCACUACUGUUCUACUGCUUGCUGCCUGCCCAGAAGUUGCCGAGCUAUCUUCUCCGGCUAGUCUCUUUUAUGGAAGCGGGAAGACUGAGCCUGAGGGCUGAGAGGAGAGUUACACGCAGCAAUUGGACUGAUCUUCUUUGGAGCAACUUUUCCAGUCCUCCACCGCCAAUAGGCUCGUCACUACGAGAUUCUGGGUCCUUUUGUGCAUUCGUCCAUCCAAUGAUUAUCAGAGCUGCCUACCUUACAUCCAAAGGUCCAGCCAGUUUCGAUACGCGGCAAAACAUCCAACGUUGCUCUGGCUUCUCAUUCUUAGACAACCAAUGUGGAGGACCAUACCUGGCUGAAACCCUUUUUCUAUUUAUUUUAUUUAUUUAUUAUUAUUAUUUUUUUCUGAUCUUCCGGCUCUUUGAUUGUGUUUCGAGCUGCAAGUGGGUUUACAAAUGUUGGGAUCUGCUAAGCCUCUCAUUAUUUCCAUCAUGCUUUCCUCCCUGUGAUACAGUAGUACAGAAAAGCUCUGUACUAGUAUGGUAAUUGCCCUUCAUCUGUUCUCCGUUAGCGCCGUUUGCCCUAUCUAUUUGCAGUUAGUCAGGGCCGGAUUAUCCAACCGUCGGCCGCCAUCCAUACCAGGCUGUCCGGAUUGGUUCUCAUUUGAUACACGACUAUACAGAACGAUACCUGGCUACCUUACGCAUGCAUUUUUCACCUGAUCCAUCCAU